AUGCGAGAGGUCAACAAAACUACAGUGAUGGAGUUUGUGCUUUUGGGAUUUUCCAGUUUUCAUUCAUUUCAGAACGUUAUUUUUUGUGUUGUGCUUCUGGCAUAUAUUAUUUGUGUUCUUGGAAACAUAACUAUCAUUGUGUUAGUGAGAGUCGAGACUUCUCUUCAUUCCCCUAUGUACUUUUUUAUCAGCAUUUUUGCUGUUUUGGAAAUCAUGUUUGUUUCUGUAACAGUUCCAAAAUUGUUGGCUAUCCUUGUUCAGACCAAGAAGACCAUCUCGUUUUUUGGUUGCUUUAUGCAGCUGUAUGCAUUAUGUGCCUUGGGAGAGACAGAAUGCUUCCUUCUUUCUUUGAUGGUCUUCGAUCGAUAUGUAGCUAUAAACAAUCCAUUACGUUAUGUCUCUAUAAUGAACAGUCGCUUCUGUUAUACAUUGGCUGCCCUGCCGUGGUUUUUUGGUUUUACUAUAUCCUCAUUCCCUAUAGUUGAGACUUAUCUUUUAGACUUCUGUGGACCAAACAAGAUCAACCACUUUUUCUGUGACCUAGCACCAGUGCAGAGUUUAGGAUGCUCUGACCCGUUUAGAAGCAAUAUGACUACAAUUGUGGCCGCUUCUUUUGCAAUAGUUCUACCUUUUCUUGCAAUAGUGGGGUUCUACAUUCACAUAAUAUAUACUGUACUGAAGAUUGACAGCAAAGAUGGUAAAACAAAAGCCUUCUCAACGUGCUCCUCCCACCUUAUUGUAGCGUCUAUGUGUUAUGGCUCAGCUAUUAUUGUGUAUGUGAAGCCUAAAGGUACUCAAUAUGACAAGUUCCUUGCUCUCAUAUACACUGUGGUUACACCCCUUCUAAAUCCAUUUAUUUAUACUUUAAGAAAUAGAGAGGUAAAGGAUGCUUUCAGAAAAGUUAUCAGUCAUAUAAUACAAUCUAAAUGUUAA